UAUUUAAUAAAAGAUGAAAUUUUUAUACUUUAGGAGAUAUUGUACUUUUUAUUCUAACACUGGCGUGAUUUAAUCAUCUUUGAGCGUAUCAAUACUUUUUUCCCGGGAGAGUAGUAUUAAUAUCUCACGAGAGGCGAUACGAGAUUUAGUUUCUUCAUUUCGGUGCAUAAGAGACGUGUAGUAGUACUAAGUGCAACAUGAAGAAGUUGAAAUUUCUCACGAGCGAGCAGAAAGACUUUUAUACGGAGAAUGGCUUCGUUAAACUCAGUGGCGUAUUUUCGGACAAAGAAUUUGAUGAGAUCCUGAAAGAAUACAACGACUUGUUUGCUCGCAAACAGGAAGAGGACGUCACCAGCUUGGAAGCUGCCUGGGUCGGCGAUGACAUGAAAAAAGCUGCCAACAACAUCAAUUACACUGUGAAAUCCAUUCAUAAUUUGCAAAUGCACAGUGCAGUUUUUACUCGCCUACUGAUGAACCCGAAACUCCUGGACGCUAUCGAAGACAUCCUGGACACUCCCGAUAUUCUUCUCCACCAUACCAAAGCCCACAUAAAACCGCCGGAAAAAGGUGCCCCUUACCUCAUGCACCAGGACUAUCCUUACUUUCCGUUCAAGAAGCACUCGAUGCUCGCGGUGUUUGUUCACCUCGACGACACGACUCCGGAAAAUGGUGGCUUGUGCGUCUACCCGGGCAGCCACAAGCUCGGGCCGCUUCAAGAGCGCGAGCUCAUCGACGAAAAGGGCGAGAAGUAUCGUUACGUGGAUCCCGACAGAUUUCCCAUUUCCGGGGCUACACCUGUAUCAGCGAAAAAAGGCGAGAUCAUCGUGUUCUCGUAUCUGCUGUUGCACGGCUCUUAUCUGAAUUUGUCGACGAGGCCACGACGCAUGUUUUUGGCGCAAUUGAGAGCCGCCGACGACGAGCCGACCAAAGCCGUGCAUCACUCGCAUUGUCAGGAUCUCGUGCUGAGAGGUCGCAAUUUGCACAUGAAGGCCAGCAUGGAGACUAGAUUCGUCGAUUCGAUUAAAAAUUCGUAAAUUUUUUUCGUCAUACAUCGAUUGACAUGUACAUGUACAAUGACAAAGAUAAUAAAGUUUAUUUAUCUUUGAUUUAUAAAUUGAA